AUGGCGCCGGCGCAGCGUUGUCCUCUUUGCCGCCAGACUUUCUUCUGCGGUCGCGGGCAUGUCUACAGUCGCAAGCACCAGCGGCAGCUAAAGGUGGCUUUGGAGCGGCUCCUGCCGCAGGUGGAGGCCGCCCGCAAGGCCGUCCGCGCCGCCCAGGUGGAGCGUUACGUGCCCGAGCACGAGCGAUGGUGCUGGUGCCUGUGCUGCGGCUGUGAGGUGCGGAAACACCUGAGCCACGGAAACCUGACCGUGCUGCACGGGGGGCUGCUGGAGCAUCUGGCCAGUCCAGAGCACAAGAAAGCAACCAACAAAUUCUGGUGGGAAAACAAGGCUGAGUUCCAGAUGAAAGAGAAGUUUUUGAUCUCCCCCCAGGACUUUGCACGAUUCAAGAAAUCCAUGGUGAAAAGUCUGGAUUCCUAUGAGGAAAAAGAGGAUGAAGUGAUUAAAGAGAUGGCAGCUCAGAUCCGAGAGGUGGAGCAAAGCCGGCAGGAGAUGGUUCGGUCUGUCUUAGAGCCUCAGACAGUGCCAGACCCAGAAGAGGGCUCUUCAGCACCUGGAAGCCGGAAAGGGACAAACAGCCAAGUAGCCUCCACCUCACAGCAGCCCUCAUACUUGGACCUGCCACCAGCCCCAGAGCUUGACUGGAUGGAGACAGGACAACCUCUGACAUUCAUUGGUCAUCAGGAUACACCAGGAAUUGGUAAUAUACACUCAGGUGCCACACCUCCCUGGAUGGUCCAAGAUGAGGACUAUAGCUCCGGGAACCAACAAAUAGGACCCUCCUAUGAAGAGUUUCUCAAAGAAAAGGAAAAACAGAAACUGAAGAAGCUCCCACCAGACAGAGUUGGGGCCAACUUUGACCAUAGCUCCAGCACCAGUGCUGGCUGGCUGCCCUCUUUUGGCCGGGUCUGGAAUAAUGGACGCCGCUGGCAAUCCAGGCAUCAAUUCAAAACUGAAGCUGCAGCAAGAAACAAACAGCAGUCACAUAAAGGAAAAAAGCUAAUGGCUUCCUGA